UUAUAUCUCUGUUUCCGUUACAAAUCUGCUUCUCCAUUCUCCUCCUCUUCUUCUUUCUCUGAUCUCUCUUCCUUCUCUCUGCAACAUGACAACUUCUUCGCCGGCGUCUCGGAAUAAAACGGAGUCGUCCGGAGGAAAAGCCCAGCCGCCGACCAGGUGGGGCUCUUCGGGGCAGCAACGCGCCUACGGUCGCCGGCUCCUCGACGCGCUCCGCGCCACCGCCGGCUGCGGGCCGCUAGCCGUCAAGGCCUCUGCGGACGCCGCCCUCGCGCUCACCGCACGCGGGCAGUCCCGAUGGAGCCGGGCCAUCCUCCUCCGCCGCUGCCGCUCCCGCCGCAAGCUCCUCCGCGUCACGGGCAAGAUCGGCCGCGCGCGGACGCGGCCGGCGGCGGCGGCGGCGGCGGUGGCGGAGGCGCAUAGAGUGAGGCCGGAUCGGCUGCAGGUGCUCCGGAGGCUGGUGCCCGGGUGCCGGAAACUGUCGGAGCAGAGUGUUCUGAAGGAGGCCGCCGACUACGUGGCGGCGCUGGAGAUGCAAGUGAAGGCCAUGAGGGCGCUGGCGGAGGUGUUCUCGGCGGCGAGAGCGGCCGAGGCGGAGGCGCGGGGAGGGGCAUGAUUGGGAUUUCCCGUCCUUUGUUGUAUUCCUCAUCUGAACUCGAUCUCAAGAUUGUAAAAGCAUGAGAAUUGGUCUGAUAGUAGAGAUGGCUGAAUGAUUUUCUU